AUGGCUAAGACACCGGACAAGAUUGCUAUCAAAGAAGUAGGUAUUAGCUUGUGUUUAAUGUACUUUUAUACUCGUUCUCAAUGUAUCUUGCUGUUUUAGCUGCCGAUUUAUGGAGAAGAUAAACCUCUGAACUCGUACAAAUUUGUGGAAGAAUCUCCUUUACCUCUUCAGAAGGAGUUUGCUUCUCUUCGUUAUGCUCUGAGGGAUAACUAUGCUGUUUUUGCUGUAAGUUUUUUUAUAUUUUUGUUGUUUUUUAGACUAUAUUUAUGUUUUCUUUCACAUUAAACUGUUGUUUAAGUGGUAAUGUUGCAUCAUUCAAUUAUAGUUUAGAAUAUACGGAUUUUAGCUUUAUUAGGUACGAUUCAAUUUAUUAUAUUUAACUUUUGUUUCUUUUACAUUUUUUAUUACUUUACUAAUAUUAUAGUAGCUGCUGCUGUCUAAAUUAAAACUAAAACGUAUUUUGUUUACAGGACCGUUUCAAAACAGUAGAUCAGGCUCUAGUACAGUCCAAAAACUUUGUGAAAGAGACCGACGAGUAUAUCAAGCGAGAAUGGACGGUAUUGCCUAAGGCCGCGGCUAUUACCGUAGGCGGAAUGGCUGGCUUCGUAUUGGGACUUCGUCGUUAUGGUAUUCGCAAGUUCGUAUACGCCACCACAGGUCUGUUGACAAUGGCGGCCUUCUGUUAUCCUCACGAAACUAUUGAAAUUUCCAAAAUUGGCUAUCAACACGCGUUGCGAACAUACGAGGACUUUCAGAAAUGUAGGUUAAUAUACUGCGGUGAUUAAAUUCAAAACAUAGUUUAAAUUAUCUAAAUUAUCAAUUUAACUAAAUAUAUCUUCGGAUUGAAAUGAUUCUUUCUAAUUUAGUUUUGUUGGUCGGGAUUAUGUAUAUAUAUGUAGUUUAUAUUUUCUAUAUUAUUUUGUGAUAGUAAUAUCAUAUUUAAUAAGACUGUGUACGUUGUUUCACUGUGUUUAUUUUUAGCGCCUGAGCCAGCGAAGAAGUCGAAGUAG